AUGAAUAAGGAAAAAACAGUACAUUUUGAAAUUAAUUUUUCUUCAAAGAUAUGCUAUUGUCUUUGCCAAAGUGUUAAUAAUAGUAGAUCUAUAGUUUCAAAAGCAUGUGGAUGUUAUAAUCAAGGUAUUUGUGAUCCAAAUACAGGCUUAUGUAUUUGUCCGUCAGGUUUUGUUGGUCAACAAUGUGAAAAAUUAGAAUCCACUACUUUAUGUAAUAAUGUCGUAUGCAAAAAUUCCGGUGUAUGCAAUAUAAUCUCACCAACUGUUUCGACUUGUUGGUGUUUGUUAGGUUUUCAUGGUAAUUAUUGUGAACGACAAAGAGCUGCUUCACGUUGUACUGAAAUUCAAUGUCAAAAUGGUGCAAUAUGUUAUGAACAUUCACCUGCAAUGAGUAUUUUUGCUUAUUGUCUUUGUCCACCAGGAUUUACUGGAAGAUUCUGUGAGACAGAAUAUUUUCGUUGUACACGACCAGGUACUUUUACUGAUCUAUAUCAAUGUGCUCAAGAUCGUCUCAUUCCUGGCACUUGUCCAAAAGGACUGCGAUUUAAUUUCAAUAAAAUGUCUUGUGAUCAUGCCAGUUCUGUUCCAUGUCCUAAUAUCUAA